GCGCAAAGCUAGUCAAACAGUCGACCGUAUUGAGUUCCGUAUUCAACGUUCGGUUGGCUGCACAAAUGCUUUUUUGAAAAAUAAUAAGGCUUAUUGACUUUUAAAAUAUGCCAAGACUAUAUCACUACACAGAGAGAUGCAUCAGUCACAUUCAAACAAAACAUGACAACAACACACACGUCGAGCCGGAUUUGGAAAAAGAGAGAAAUGCUUAUAUUUCCGUCCACAAGAAAAUGCUGUAUUUUGAUCGUUGGAAUUAUUGCUUUUGCAACAGAAUCUGUUGUUACAAUGGCGGUUGUCACAGCAACGCAUGGUCACGAUGCAGCCCUUUCUUGCAAGUUGAUGCAUCACAAAAAAGUCGUACAAGUCACGUGGAAGAAGAUAACGCCGAAUUCGUCUGAAAACGUGGCCACUUACAGUCGUUUCGGUGCGAUAAUCGCGAAGCCUUUCCAAGAACAAGUGCGAUUUCUGGAGGCUGGGUUACAUAAGAGCUCACUCCUCAUCAAAGGAAUAGGGGAUGAUUACGAAGCCUGCUACAGCUGUAUUUUUUAUUCAUAUCCUAAAGGAGUCGUAAGUUCAACGGCCUGCCUGAAAGUCUAUGAGCUUAAUGAGCUGGUGACAGAAGUGAGAGAAAUGAUCAGCCAUGAUGACCACAUUCUCCAUGCACUGACUUGUUUCGACAGUCGUGCUUUGAACGUCUUGGGGCAUGCAGAUAAUGACGACCAUGUAGAGAGCUCUGUGGGACGCAUUGAUCCCAGUUCGGAAUUCUCAGUAUCUGUGAUAAAAGCUUCUCUGGUAGAUGGCCGCGGCAUGACCUGUGUUGUGCGUCCUCCUCCCAUGGCAAAGAGAAAGGAUGUGUCCACAAUAAAAGGUGAACCACGAGUGCAGUUCCUCCAUAACCGAAAUAGAAGACUGUCACCUACACUAGGUUUCAUGAUCUUUGUGACUGGACUGGGAAUAUACAGUGCGAUGAGUCUGAUUUACUGACCUUUUGUAAAAGACAGAGAAACUGGUGCUUCAGAAAAUGUUUUUGCCCUUAAAAAUGACAUUGAGACCUUACUCACUAGAACAAAAAAAUGUCAGGUCUAUAAUAAUAAUGAAAUGCAUCUCUAUGGCAAUGUUCACAAGCUCCUGGAGCUGGUUCAGAGGAAUUAUUGCCCCCUACUGGCCCACAAACACUACUUCCAGGACCAACUCAGUUGUCCAUGGAGAUCUCCUAUUGAUCCACGCCCGGCCCUUUGUUUCAGCCGUCAUGCAGGAUAAAGGUGUAUGAUGGUAUGGAUGCUGGCAGUGAGGCUAUAACUCCCAAGGAGCAGCUGGGUCUGAUACUUGCAGUGUCAAUUAUGUUCCAAGGAGAAACUGCGGGAAUGUCAUGUAGUUUUACUUUAAUACAUUGAAUCUAAAAAUGUACACUGUGAAAUUAAAUAUGCGCACGUUUUUAUUGAAUAAUGUUCAGAGAAUAUAUUUAAUUAAAACUUAAUUUUACUUUUUUAAUCUCAAUCUUUGGAAAUCAGAUGCAAAAAUAUAUCUAUGUAAAUGUGUAUGUAUGUUAAUAACAGUUAAUCUUUUCUUCAA